CACCCCGCUUUGCUCAGCGGUGCUGGGCGUGGGGCGCGGGCCGGGUGCUGCGCGCGGGGAUCCGGGGCGCUCGCUCCAGCUGCUUCUGUGGAUAUGUCGGGUCCGCGCGCGGGAUUCUACCGGCAAGAGCUGAACAAAACAGUAUGGGAGGUGCCGCAGCGGCUGCAGGGCCUACGCCCGGUGGGCUCCGGCGCCUACGGCUCAGUCUGCUCGGCCUACGACGCGCGGCUGCGCCAGAAGGUGGCUGUAAAGAAGCUGUCUCGCCCUUUCCAAUCGCUGAUCCACGCGAGGAGGACAUACCGUGAGCUGCGCCUACUCAAGCACCUGAAGCACGAGAACGUCAUAGGACUUUUGGACGUCUUCACGCCGGCCACAUCCAUCGAGGAUUUCAGCGAAGUGUACCUCGUGACGACCCUGAUGGGCGCCGACCUGAAUAACAUCGUCAAGUGUCAGGCCCUGAGCGAUGAGCAUGUUCAAUUCCUUGUCUACCAGCUGCUGCGUGGGCUGAAGUAUAUCCACUCGGCGGGCAUCAUCCACCGGGACCUGAAGCCCAGCAAUGUAGCGGUGAACGAGGACUGCGAGCUGAGGAUCCUGGACUUUGGGCUAGCACGCCAGGCUGAUGAGGAGAUGACCGGAUAUGUGGCCACACGGUGGUACCGGGCGCCAGAGAUCAUGCUAAACUGGAUGCACUACAACCAGACAGUGGACAUCUGGUCUGUGGGCUGCAUCAUGGCUGAACUGCUGCAAGGAAAGGCCCUCUUUCCUGGAAACGACUACAUCGACCAGCUGAAGCGAAUCAUGGAGGUGGUGGGCACGCCCAGUCCUGAGGUUCUGGCAAAGAUAUCCUCGGAGCAUGCCCGGACAUACAUCCAGUCUCUGCCUCCCAUGCCCCAGAAGGACCUCAGCAGUGUCUUCCAUGGAGCCAACCCCCUGGCCAUAGACCUCCUUGGAAGAAUGCUGGUACUAGACAGCGACCAGAGGGUCAGUGCGGCCGAAGCCUUGGCCCACGCAUACUUCAGCCAGUACCAUGACCCUGACGAUGAGCCAGAGGCAGAGCCCUAUGAUGAAAGUGUUGAGGCCAAGGAGCGCACGCUGGAGGAGUGGAAGGAGCUUACUUACCAAGAAGUCCUUAGCUUCAAGCCCCUGGAACCCUCACAGCUCCCUGGCACCCAUGAAAUUGAGCAGUGAGGCAUUGCCUGAAGUGGGAGACCUGAGCCUGUCCCCUCUACUCAGCUUUCCGGCUUUCCUCAAGAGGCGCCUCUCAGGCAGCCCUGACACUUAACCUGGGACCGACCCCCUUGCCUUGAGAAACUCUACACACACACACACACACACACACACACACACACACACACAGAGGAAUGCACGGAUGUGUACAUAUGCCUCCCUCCCAUUAUGUGCUGGAGUCUGGGCAGUAGUGUUUCUGGACCUACCUUGGUCCACCCAGGUUCUCCUUGGGACCUCCGUGUGUGGGAUCUGAGUGUGUCCCUGUCCUUGUCCAGGUCUCUUCUGCUCUUGAGGACUAUCUGGAUUGGGAGGAAGGCUAAUGGGCCAUGGUCCCUGGAGACUCUGAGGGAGGGGGAGUCACAGUGGUUGGAGAUGCUCAACCAGGAAGUGAGUGGCUGAAAGCAGAGGCAAGCCCAGUGUCCCUCCUAACUGAGUGGCGUUUCCUCUGGGGAUGGGAAAGCUGAGACCACCAUCAGAUUAUCUAUCUAGUCAGAAAAGCCUGCUGAAGAUUUGUGGUUGCCUGUGGUAUGUGGGCACAUGGGCAUGAGUAUGCACCCUGGGAUACACAUCAGAACAAAUGCAGGCAUGUGCUGGUGUGUAUGAAUCUCUGAGCACCCAAGAGGCAGCAGCCAUUUCUGGUCUGGUGCCUAAGUUGGAGAUAACUCUUGCCUCCUCUCCCCCCAAGUUCCUGUUUUCUAAUGGGUCUUGAAUCCCAGCUGUGAACUAGACCAAAGGCUCUGAGAGGUGCCAAGAUCCAUUAGUUUAAGCAAAUGUAAGGGUAUAGGAGCAGCAGCAGGAUCCUGAGUCACAAGGGCACAAUGCCAGCUGGAGAGCUGAUGAAGUUGGGGGUCUAAUCUCAAGGAUGCUAGGUGGCCAGCACCCACGGAUGUGAGCAUGGACAUUCUUGCCCCGGGACCUUGAUUCAAAGUUGACAAACGUCUGUCCACGUUCUACCUCCACCAACCCUUGAGGUUCUGCAGCUGGUCUGGGGUGCUAUGGUUUGCAAGUCACCCCUCAUCUCCCCAUCCCCCAGAGAGGAGCUGACCAAGUAACUUUUGAGGUAGGGCCCUGUUUGAAAACGCGUUGGGGGUGUAACGCCUCCCUGAAGAGACAAUGAUCUCUUGCUUAUCAGGGACCAAGGGGCUCUGGAUGUCAAGUGCCUGCACCAAGAGUGUGCACAAUAAAGGGGCAUCCCUCUUGCUCUUGUCUGUGCAAAA